AUGAUUACGAGUGAGUUCUGAAAAAAAUCUUAAACAGGAACGGACUGAAAUCAUUCAGAAAGCAAGCCGGAAAGUUCUGUGGACUAUUUGAAAAAAGAGAUUGAAGCGUUCUUCAAAACUGUCACUAAUCAAAUUGUCGUCGAAAACGAAAGGAUUGCUAAGGAGGCAGCACGGGUCAGAUCUCUUCCGACUCCGGCGCCACCGGAGGAAAGGUCCCACCGAUGCAUCUGUUACCAUCCAGAUCUCUUAAAUUUCUUUUCAGCUCCGUAUCAGUAGUGUGGAAAGGCCUGUUCAUCGGUCUCGGCGUCGUCGUUCUGCUAGGCAUUCUGAUAGUGGUUACGGUCUACUAUUGCAUCAAGAAACGUCAGGACUCCGACCAGGAGAAUGAUUUGGACAACCCGGAACAGCAGGAUCAGGACCCAAAUAUCCCGCCUAUUCCACCGCGACCGAAGACUCCGAAACGUGUCAGAACUCCGACGAGAAGAGCCCGAUCGCCGGCGCUCGCCCUUUCUCCGGCUGUUUCUCCUGCUCGACUUGCAUCUCCGUAA